UUUUUUUUUUCGGUUUCAGAGGGUUUUUUCCCGUUUUUGCCUUUUUUUUUUUUUUUUUCCUCCGCUCUGACUCGGUUUGAUUUUUCUCUGAUCGGCGAUUAUUGUUACUAUUAUUUUUUCCCUCCCCGGCGGUUCCCGUCCGUGCUACAUGACUUGCCAGCGCUUGAGACUGCGGUCCAACUGCGCUGCCGCCGCCGCCGCCGCCGCCGCCGCCGCCGCCGGUGGUGCCGCCGCCGCCUCGGCCACCGCCACCGCUUCGGCCGCCGCCUCCGCCGCCGCCCCGCGCGCAGCUCCCUCAGCCGCCGCAACUUUCCCCCUCAGACUAGUGUGUGAUGUUGGACAUGGGAGAUAGGAAGGAAGUGAAAAUGCUGCCGAAAUCCUCCUUUAGCAUAAACAGCCUGGUGCCCGAAGCCGUCCAGAGCGACAACAACCACAGCAGCCACAGCCACCACAACAGCCACCACCCCCAUCACCACCACCAUCACCACCACCACCACCACCACCCGCCGCCGCAGCAGCCCCAGCGAGCGGCCGCAGCCGAGGAGGAGGACGAGGAGAAGGGGCAGCACCUCCUGCCGCCCCCCACUGCCACCGCCUCCGGCGCCCUGGAGGUGGCCAAGGCGGACAUGCUGGCGGGCAAAGGCGAGGCGGGCGCGGUGGCGGCAGCGGAGCUGGAGGAGAAGGAGAAAGCGGCCGAGGAGAAGAAGGGGGCGGCGGAGGGGGCCAAGGACGGGGAGAGCGGGAAGGAGGGGGAGAAGAAGAACGGCAAGUACGAGAAGCCGCCGUUCAGCUACAACGCGCUCAUCAUGAUGGCCAUCCGGCAGAGCCCCGAGAAGCGCCUCACGCUCAAUGGCAUCUACGAGUUCAUCAUGAAGAACUUCCCCUACUACCGGGAGAACAAGCAGGGUUGGCAGAACUCCAUUCGGCACAACCUCUCGCUCAAUAAGUGCUUCGUCAAGGUGCCCCGCCACUACGACGACCCCGGCAAAGGGAACUACUGGAUGCUGGACCCCUCCAGCGACGACGUCUUCAUCGGGGGAACCACCGGCAAGCUGCGCCGGCGCUCCACCACCUCUCGGGCCAAGCUGGCCUUUAAGCGGGGCGCCCGGCUCACCUCCACCGGACUGACAUUCAUGGAUAGGGCAGGAUCCUUGUACUGGCCUAUGUCCCCCUUCCUCUCCCUGCACCACCCCCGGGCCAGCAGCACUUUGAGUUACAAUGGGACCACGUCCGCCUACCCCAGCCACCCCAUGCCCUACAGCUCAGUGUUGACUCAAAACUCCUUGGGAAACAACCACUCCUUUUCCACGUCUAAUGGGUUAAGUGUUGAUAGACUAGUCAAUGGAGAGAUACCUUAUGCCACUCAUCACCUCACAGCAGCAGCUCUGGCCGCCUCAGUGCCGUGUGGCUUGUCAGUUCCCUGCUCCGGCACCUAUUCCCUAAAUCCCUGCUCUGUAAAUCUCCUAGCAGGACAGACGAGUUACUUUUUCCCCCAUGUUCCUCACCCUUCAAUGACUUCUCAAAGCAGCACUUCAAUGACGGCCAGGGCAGCGUCCUCCUCCACGUCGCCACAGGCGCCCUCCACUCUCCCCUGUGAGUCCUUAAGACCUUCUUUGCCAAGUUUUACAACGGGACUUUCCGGAGGACUUUCUGAUUAUUUCACACAUCAAAAUCAGGGGUCUUCUUCAAACCCUUUAAUACAUUAA